CGUUUCAGGCAGCGAUUGGUUGAGCCGGGGAACUAUAGAACGAGAGACCGGGAAAGGGGGCGGGGUAUGCAAGAGAGAUCCGGAAGGAGAGAACAAAAUAAACACACUGUGAGGACGCAGGGAAGAGAGUGACAACUACGGAUACUGUACUCUUUGUUCAGACGUCAUCCCGGUACUCUUCUGCUGGCCGGACUGCGGAGACUCAGGGUGUGGGUCUCCCUGCAGAAACAGACCCAGGACCGAGGGAGACAAGAGGGAGCUGAGCUGGGCAACAGUGACUGGCUGCAAAGAUGGCAGCUUCUCCUACUUCAAUGUUUAGUAUAGAAGAGUUUCCCCCAGAUGAACAAGGAGUAACUCUGCCUGAAACAAAUCCUUCAUCUAGGCGGGGUGCAGCAGACCACCGGAGUUCUCCUAACUUGAGACGGGGCAAAGCAAAGGAACCACGUACUAGGACAGAGUCUGUGUCGGAAGCCUCAGAGACCGAUCACCUAGGCGAGCUCUCCCAUUUCCGUUCACGUUCUCGCUCUGCUCCAUCUUCCCUAAUGGUCGCUGCCCGCUAUGGACGAGAGCUACGGAGAAUGAGUGAUGAAUUCGACCAGAGCUUCAUGGCCCUCGCCCGUCCUAAGAGUGCAGGUGCUGCAACUCAGAUGUGUGGGAGCAGGAGUUUCCAUGGGAUGCUUAUGGGUUUAUUGCGACGGAAGAGUAAAGACAAGAGCGAAGGAGAGACGCAAUAAGGAUUUAUGUGGAGGAACAAUAUCUGCUGCAUAAAAAUGACGGUGCUCUUCUGAUACGCAUGAGGAAAAUAGCAACCAUUUUAUUUUAAACAAUAAGCAGCCGAACAUUGUCAUUUAAAGAACAAAAAAUGGACUGAGCUACUUGAUCAUUUUGUUUGAAUAAUGUCUGUGAGACUGGGGGAUUUCACAGGAGAACAGACUCUGAAGUUUUUGAAUCUGAUGUGCCACUUUUUUAAGAUAUGUAGAAUUGUAAAAAAAAAUAAAGAACAAAACCAGGUUUUAAAGGAG